CACUCAGAGACUGUGCGCGGCGAGCGCGUGUGUUGAAAACGGGGUGCAGUGCUCGAAAAUAAGCGAUCAUCCUGUCCAGAAAAUCGCCGGUCCGUCCAAUGUCAACAUCCUCUCGGCGCGCGAAAGCCGUUGGUCAGACCCGGGCGCCCUAGCCACCCCGCGCGCGUAUCCGCGUGUUAGUUCGGUCGUUGUGACUAUCACUGACCGUCAAGUGGCAUCCCCGCGCCAUCCGGUGCCAGUCCCACUCUGCGAUAUCCUGCAAUCGCGUGAGUGUGUCUGAAACUCGGCAGCAAGCGUGUGUCGUGUUCGCGCCUUGGUUUAUGUCGACAACUAUGGCGUUAGCUGCGCUGCUCCCUGUGACGUCCAAGGAGGGUUCAACACGGGCCACGAAGACGGCAAUACUCACGAAGAUCCGCGCAGUUGCUGAUUCGCUUCCGGAUGGGUCACGCAUUUACCUCGGCAUCGACGACGACGAUACUGUGCUGCUGCCGAUCGAUCAGGAAGAGUUGGAGCAGGCCACGCACCCCCACGGCGUGACGCGGCGAAUAUUCGCAUCGACAAAUCCGUCCAACAUAAUCGGGAUCGUGAACGAGCUGUGCAUGCUGGCCUUCGCUGAUGGCAUGGACUUUUUCGUGCUUCUCGGGGACGACGUGUCGCUGCAGCUUGGAUGGUUCGACACCGUUUCGCAAAACUUCAAAGAAAUUGAGAGGAGCACAGGGCAACCUGGAUUUGGGUGCGUGGCGCUAGACGACGUCUCUUUCCCGGGCUUUCCGACGUUCCCAAUCGUAGGUCGGUCACACGUGGAGAUAUUUGGCGGAUGGGCGCCCAGUGCGUUCAUAAACCAAGGCGCGGACCCGUGGAUCUUCGAGGUGUACAGAAGGUUCAACUCGGCGCGUUUCUGCGACGCGCGCGUGCGCAACGGUAUCGGCGGAGACGAGCUUAACGAAUCGAGGUAUGUGAAGCAUACGAUACAGUGGAAGGAUGACAUCCUGACCAAUGCCGUGGCAUCCGUAAGAACCGCGAAGCCUUUCUUGAAGGAGACAGUCACGCUCGAUGUACUCGUACCUUCUUUCCGCGCUGAUUUGGACAUUCUGCAGCGCAUUUGCGAGCUUGACGUACCUAGUGGGUGCUCCACGCAGGUGGUGAUUAUCAUUGAUGAUCCUGCCAGGAUUGACGCGAGACGGCUUCUGGAGGAGAAGUAUGGACACCGUGUGCGCGUGCGUGUGAACGACGGCAACUUGGGCGCUUCAGCGUCGCGCAACCGCGCUCUAGAUGAGUCCGCCGCCGAGUGGGUGCUGUUCUUAGACGAUGACGUGCACCCAGACAAUUUGAUAUUGCAUACAUACGUCGACGCCAUCAGGGCUCAGGGUGACUACGUGUCCGGGUUCAUCGGGCCUACACAGAUGCCACCACCGGCGAAUGUCUAUUGCGCUGGGAUCGAACUGGUUUGGUUGCUGUACUUUUGGAGCAAGCACGUUCGCUCAAGAAAGAAUGAUGAAGUUCCAUGGGGGGUAACGGCGCAGCUGUGCACCAAGCGAAUUGAAGUCCGUUUUGACUUGCGUUUUCCAAAGACCGGAGGCGGAGAAGAUAUAGAUUACUGCCUUCGAGUGAAACGGGUCACGAAAAAGCCGCUCCUUGGGAUAGAAAGCAAAUGCGUGCACCCUUGGUGGGAUAGAGGAUACCCCCGGAACAAUCGAUUUUAUGGAUGGGCAGAGGGCGACUCAAUGCUGAUUCCCAUGUACCCUGAGCACGCCUAUCUUAGCUUCCCGAAUGCGAUCGAGUCCAUGGCAAUCACCUGUCUAGCGUCCGCGGCGUGGAUGUGUGGCAAUUCGACGGCGUGCACCGAGACGCCGGUUAGGUGCGCGGUGAUCUGCUUUGGUAUCCUCCUGUGCGACGCAGUUUUUGACGUCUUCAACAUUUUCUUCGAAGACAACGUCUCACACUUCCGCGGCACCCGCCGUUUGCUCGCUGGGAUUAUAGGUUCCGUGUGGUACAAAAACCUGGGCGUGGAACUCGGUCACUUUUACGCACCGAUUCGCCGUUUUCAGUUCCAGGUGCUCCAUCGCUUCGACUGGUGGUGCGGCAAGGAUAAAAGCAAAGUUGACGAGACACGAUUGCGGGAGCUGAUGCGCUUCGUUGCCUUCGCCGGCUUGGCUUUGCUUGUGGCGAUUAGUUAGUGAGACUAUGUAGCUGCCUGUCAUCUAUC